UUCCUCCUCCUCCUCCGCCUCCUUCGUCUCCUCCCGCCGCUGCUGCCGCCGCCGCCCUGAGUCACAGCCUGCGCAGCUCCGGCCGCUUGGUCCCUGCAGCAGCCGCGGAUCUCAAAUAUUCAGAGGUCUUGCAACAUGGCGGACAUUGAUAACAAAGAAACUGAACUUGACCAGCAAGAUAUGGAAGAUGUUGAAGAAGUGGAAGAAGAAGAAACUGGUGAAGAUGCAAACAGCAAAGCUCGUCAGUUGACUGUUCAGAUGAUGCAGAAUCCUCAGAUUCUUGCAGCUCUUCAAGAAAGAUUGGAUGGUUUAGUUGGAACAUCAACUGGAUACAUUGAAAGCUUGCCAAAAGUAGUUAAGCGACGUGUGAAUGCCCUCAAAAAUCUUCAGGUGAAAUGUGCACAGAUAGAAGCCAAGUUCUAUGAGGAAGUUCAUGCUCUUGAAAGAAAAUAUGCUGUUCUUUACCAGCCACUUUUUGAUAAGAGAAGUGAAAUCAUCAAUGCAGUUUAUGAACCUACAGAGGAAGAAUGUGAAUGGAAACCAGAUGACGAUGAAGAGAUUUCAGAGGAAAUGAAAGAGAAGGCUAAGCUUGAAGAGGAGAAAAAAGAUGAAGAAAAAGAAGACCCUAAAGGAAUUCCUGAAUUUUGGCUGACUGUUUUUAAAAAUGUUGACUUGCUCAGUGAUAUGGUUCAGGAACAUGAUGAACCUAUUCUGAAGCAUUUGAAAGAUAUUAAAGUGAAGUUCUCAGAUGCUGGCCAACCUAUGAGUUUUACAUUAGAAUUUCACUUUGAACCCAAUGAAUAUUUCACAAAUGAGGUGCUGAUGAAGACAUAUCGUAUGCGGUCAGAGCCAGAUGAUUCUGAUCCCUUCUCCUUUGAUGGACCAGAAAUUAUGAGUUGCACAGGGUGUCAGGUAGAUUGGAAAAAAGGGAAAAAUGUCACUUUGAAAACUAUUAAGAAGAAACAGAAACACAAGGGACGUGGGACUGUUCGAACUGUGACAAAAACAGUUUCCAAUGAUUCUUUCUUCAAUUUCUUUUCUCCUCCUGAAGUUCCUGAGAGUGGAGACCUGGAUGAUGAUGCGGAAGCUAUCCUUGCAGCAGACUUUGAAAUUGGUCACUUUUUACGUGAGCGUAUAGUCCCGAGAUCAGUAUUAUACUUCACAGGAGAAGCUAUUGAAGAUGAUGAUGAUGAUUAUGAUGAAGAAGGUGAAGAGGCUGAUGAUGAGGAAGGGGAAGAAGAAGCUGAUGAGGAAAAUGAUCCAGAAUAUGAUCCGAAGAAAGAUCCAAACCCAGCCGAGUGCAAGCAGCAGUGAGCAGUGUGUGCUGUGGCCUUGAGGAUUACUGCACUGUCCCAGCCUAAACACACAACUAGUAGUUACUUACAGCCUUAUGUUUUGUAUUUUCUUGGUAGAAUCAAGUAAACAAUUUUUGUUAAAAAAGGAAAAAAAGAAAAAAUGAACGUUUAAGAACCAGUUCAAACUAUAGGUUCAUUCUACCUAGCAUUUUAAUAGUAUAAUUUUUGCCGGAUAUGUAGAAUGCAGUGAAUCCCCUAACGCAUGUCCAUUGCUACAGAGUUUGGUUCUUGUGAAGUCUUUUGUCAUGUAGCUAUUAGACUGCUGCUGCGAAAAUUCUCCGAACUGUUAUUUGAGACCAAUAUUGGUUUAGAAAAAAAAAGAAAUCCUUCUGAAGAACCAACCAAAGUAUUUUUUCAGCCCAGUAGUUGAAUGGGUUUAAGUCUGCUUGCACUAGCUGUGCCUUCAUUACUUUGUUAGAAAAUGCAGUGACUUGUACUAACUAGGAGACAAAGCAUUUUGAAAUUUGAUUUGAGAAGAGACUAGUAUAUGGUUAAGAAUUUCCAGUAAGACCACAUCUAAUGUUCGUUAACUGUCUGCUUGUUUAUGGAUUUUUGUAUUUUAAUGUGACAUAGUGAUCUAUGAAGAAACUUAGUCAUCCUAUUAAGGUUAUUGUUUACCACUGGGGUGUGAAUAAAACCUAGUAUUUUCAGAAGUUAGCGUCCUCUUCUACUUGUGUAACUGUGUCCAUUCAAACUGAAAGCAUCUUUCCUUUUCUUAGUGGUAUUGUGGUGUACCUUCACUGAAAAUGAUCACUUACACCACCUGAUAGAAGCCCAUUGCAAGUUCUUUUGUUGCAAUUUAAAAAUAAAUUACCAAGCAGAAUGUUAGUCCUCCCAGGAUAAUGUCUUAAUUUGACAUAUUUAGAAGUUGACCUUGAUAGUUGUAACUAAUGGACAUUAUUUAGGAGAAGGGACCAGACUUUAAAAAGCAGUCCUGCAUCUACCAAUAUGCAAGGGUGAAUGGAGAACCAGUGGACAAAAUUUUGAAUCAUAAUAACCCUUUAAAGAUCAUUAUUGUUAAAGUUAAAUUUAUUAUGGUCUUGGGGUUGAAGCUAGGGAGAGAGUUCUAUUCCAAUUGUCAUUGCUUAAUAUGUGAGUAUAUUAUUUACUCAUACCUCUAAUCUAUCCAUAUAUUUAAAUGGGUAGUAUUGUUUACUUACCUACCUCACAAGAGUGUUGAGGCUUAUUAAGUUACAUUAUAUAAAAAUUGUUCUUGGUCAUUAAAAGGUCAGAAAUUUUAACCUUUAUUGUGUAUGUGUUAUAUUUAGCACCUUGUUUGAACCAGGGUUAUAAUUUUCAGACUGGAAAACCAAUGGCUAGUACCUCUAUCUUAGAUUUGUACAAGAGACAUUCUUGUGGCAAAUCUUUGUGGCUUCUGCUAGAAUUGGGACUCUGGGCUGUAUGAAGGCAUCUGGGAUUCUAGAUUUAAUGGAAGUAAUGCGUUCCUUUUCCAAGAAAGUUGGGAAAGUAAAAGCCAUACUAAAAUACCUCAGGCUAAUUACUGUUAUUUGGGGGAGAAGGGUUGAUUUAUUUCAAGGCAUGAUGGUGAAGUUGAUCUUGUUCAUUAGUGAAUUGCAAAAAAAAAAAAAAAAAAAAAAAGGGAAGGCCAAGAAUUUAAGAUGAUUAUAUUUGUUUCAUUCUUACAGAUGAUAUAACUUCUUGUGCUCCUCCCUCCCCCCAGCAUGAUUUGGGGUAAUAUGCAGAAAACACUUGGUAUUUGCAUUGUGUCAUCCAUUUUUCACUUCAGAACAUUUAAUUAUAACUUCUGGAAAUCCUUAACUGAACACAUUGAGUUACUGUAUGAAAAUUUGCUGUGGAAAGAUCUUUGUGUUAAACCUCUUAUUUGUCCUUUGUUAUUUUUACUGUCAGGUUAAUUUUGGUGAUCUAAAUUUGAUCUCGUUUUUUUUCUCUGUACCCUAUCUUGAUCACUUUUCUAGCCUUUCUGUUUUUCUUCAACAGGUAGAAUCCCAUUUGAGUGAACUUUAAGGAACAUCAAAAUUGCUAUGUUUUAUAUAACCCUUUUUGAAAAAAAUUUAUUGCUAAAAAUGGAGGAAUUAAAUGGUUAUUUGCUUUUAGUUACAUGAAGCAGUUGUCAGGGAUAUGCUACAUUUGCGUAGUGACCAAAUAAUGGAGGAGUACGUGUUCUGAAAGAAAUGUUCCUAAACUCACUGGAACCUGAGAGGGUAAAUAAUAUUAUUCCCUUCUGCUGAAAUUAUAUUUGAAAUGUAUUCAAAAAUUAUUAAUAAAUUUUGAUGUGUUUUUCAGAA